AUGAUCAUCGUGAGCAGUGCGUUGCUCCUGCUGGUGGUCAUAUCCAGAGUGGGAUGUCAACGAACCAUCCCGAGAAGCGCCAGGGCGAGCAGAAACGAGGCCGCUUUGGAAUUCGAGUGCCCCGAGGAGUUUGGAUACUACCCCCAUCCCCGUGACUGCACGCAGUACUAUGUCUGCGUUUUCGGCGGUGCGCUACUCGAGUCCUGCACGGGAGGAUUGAUGUACAGUCACGAAUUGCAGACGUGCGAUUGGCCACGUAACGUGGGCUGUCCCGACGGCGGAUCUACCAACAAGGAAAGCGAGGAAGAUCCUCUGCUGGAAAGAUCGGCGAAGAUCGAGAGCCUGCAGGAGCAGCAACAACAACAGCAACAACCGCCGCCUUCGCAACGGCAACCGAUCACGACCACCCCGACGCCCAUCCUGCAGAUAACCGAGAAACAGAUCCGUCAGAGACAACAGGCCAGGAAUUACCACGAAGAUGAGUACGAGCCCGCGUCAGAGGUCGAGAGCGACAGACAGCAACGUGUCUACAGAGGUCAACCGUCGACGAUCGGUCAGGUGCAGCGAGAUAGAGAUGGUUUUCGAAGGAACGUGAUCGCGGAACGUGAGAAGGAGAGCACGCGCGCCCAAACGGAGGCUCACUACAGGACUCAAGUGCCAUCCUCGGAGUCGCCGAGAGUCGCAAAGAUCUUGGCGUCCACAGCCUCCCCAGUAAUCUCCAAGUCGUAUUACAACGACCCGGACCAGAGUUACCCAUAUUACACGAUCUACGACGACGACGUGUCCAUUUACAAAGACGAUGAUUACAAUCAGUACACCGUGAACCAAUCGGUCCCGGUUCAACCGAGCGUCAAGAUCAGCGAGGUGAACACGAAGCAGUACCAAAAGCCGAAGAAAGUCGCGGUGAACGAGGCGGACAAGUAUAAUCUGAAUCAGGACGUCACCGUGCAAGACUACGACAUCUACGAGAAUCAGGCUCAGCUCAACAAAAACAAGUUCCGGAUUAACGACGGCCAGGCAUUCAGGCCUAACGUGCUCAGCCACCCCGUCGUCCACGUGACCACACCGAACGCGAUCGUGGACACGUUCAUUCCGUUGACGACCACAACGCAGCCGCCGACCACCACCAGCAGGCCUUACACGGUCAACGCACCCAGCCGAGGACGCCCGCAACAGAUUCAUCGUGGAACGGCACCACCGCGAUCGCGACCGACCUUGAAACCGUCCACGGAGAUCGUGUCGAAGGCGCAGGAGUUCGUCGACAUCUACAGGUACCCGCCGUUGAGGCCGUUACCGAUCUACCCGACCCCGCAGGUCGACAAACCGGCGGCAAAAUGUCGCAAGGACGUUUGCCUGAUUCCGGAUUGCAGCUGCGGAGGCGCUGACAUUCCAGGUGGUAUCCCGGCGGAGCAGACGCCGCAGAUCGUUCUAUUGACGUUCGACGAUGCCGUGAACGAUCUAAACAAACCAUUGUACGCCGAUCUGUUCGAGAACGGCCGUAAGAAUCCGAACGGUUGCCCGAUCACGGCCACGUUCUAUGUGUCGCACGAAUGGACCGAUUAUAGCCAGGUGCAAAACCUGUACGCGGACGGCCACGAGCUGGCAUCGCACACGGUCUCGCACAGUUUCGGCGAGCAGUUCUCCCAGCGAAAGUGGGCGCGAGAAGUUGCCGGACAACGUGAAAUCCUCUCGGCCUAUGGAGGCGUCAAGCUGGAGGACGUCAGGGGAAUGAGAGCUCCUUUCCUAUCGGUCGGAGGAAACAACAUGUUCAAGAUGCUCUGGGACACGAACUUCACCUACGACUCGUCGAUGCCGAUCUACGAGAACCGACCGCCCAGCUGGCCGUACACCCUCGACUACAAACUAUUCCACGACUGCAUGAUACCCCCGUGUCCCACCAGGUCUUACCCAGGUCUCUGGGAGGUUCCUAUGGUGAUGUGGCAAGAUCUGAACGGAGGUAGAUGCUCGAUGGGAGACGCGUGCAGCAACCCACCGACCGCCGACGGUGUUUACAAGAUGCUGAUCAAGAACUUCGAGAGACACUACACCACCAACAGAUCGCCGUUCGGACUGUUCUAUCACGCCGCCUGGUUCACCCAGCCCCAUCACAAGGAAGGUUUUAUCUCGUUCCUCGACACUAUAGUCGCGAUGGACGAUGUAUGGAUCGUGACGAACUGGCAAGCGAUUCAAUGGGUCCGGAACCCUACCCCGUUACCGUUGCUGCACAACUUCGAACCGUUCGGGUGUAACUAUCCGGACCGACCGAAGAAAUGCAACAACCCGAAAGUCUGCAAUCUAUGGCACAAGAGCGGCGUUAGGUACAUGAAGACCUGCCAGGCGUGUCCGGACAUCUAUCCGUGGACGGGCAAGACCGGUAUACGAAGCAGUCGCAUCGACAACGACGUCGACUCGCACGAAUGAACGGGAAAUCGUCGAUUGUUCCGUGCGAUCGAGACCCAGCCAGCCGAGAAGACGAAGCGCCACCGGAGGAGACGAAAAUGUUUCUCACAACGAUUCGAUCAAACAAAACAAAAGAAAAACCACCCCUCCCAUUUACCAUUUAUCUCCAGCAGCCCAACAUGUCCAAACGAGAGCCAUCAUCCCAUCAAUGGCCGAGUACGCCAAUGAAAUCGACUCGACUCGACGCUCGAAUCGCCAGGCCACCCUUUCUCUUUUUU